AUGACUUUAGAAUUAGUUGCUUGCAAGCAAGAUUGCGAGAUAAAGUAUAGGUUCUAUUGUUACUUGCAAGCAACAUUGACCGAUAAAGGGGUUUUAUUAGUCGAGGAAAUGGAUGGUCUGCCACGAGAACUUUGUUUUCCUGCGUUGGCCAACGAUUUGGCUAAUUCCAUACGGAACUCCUUUAGCGGUUUUGACGUUACGCGUGCUGUGUUGCAAUCCUUUCUAUACAGAAGCCAGGCGUUGAUCACUGACAUAUCAAGAAGCCAUAUGAAAAUUGGGAAGUACCAUCUUUUCGAUCUGCUUGGACUGCGAUACAGACCAAGUAAUGAAUUGGCCUUAUCGACACCGCUCAUGUGCUUAUUGUAUUGCGUUAUAACGGAUGGACAAGGGAUGGCAAUUUUUUUCUUUUCCACUUUCGAAUAUCUUUUUAUCGAUUUUACGGGAUUUAGGCCACAGAAUAUUUAUUUCAGAGGGCAAUCUGAUAAUCUACACAACAAGAACAUUGUCAAGACUAAUGCCCGUCCUUUGAAUGGACCAUCAAUAUUAAUCUCUGGUAGUCCGAUGGAUUACAGCAAUAUAUCUGAUAAAAAAUAA